AUGCUCACUCGCAGGAUUAAUGAAGGCAAAAAGGCACUCAAAGAAAGAUUGAACGAGUCUUUUGCAGCUGUCGGCAAACGACUCGAUGCCCUCCCGGCUAUUGCCAUGCUCCAAUUCGACGCCCAGGCCUCCAAUAUUAUUCCUUGCUUCGGGUGUCCACUUCUCCAUCUGGAUAUCAUGCGCAUGCGUCCUGUUCCUCUCACCGAUGAUCAGCGGGCCAAUUCUCUUAUUGGACAUCUCGAUGGAGUGACUCGCGAAAAGAUGGAGGGGGACGGCGACUCCAGCAGGAGCUACUGCACAAUCGUUAGUCAUCUAACCGAAUUGUUUGAAAGUCCUCAGCAACGCUUACGUUGCUCGUCAAAAAUUAUCGGCAUGCCACUAAAAAACAGGCGAACCGUGGUGUUCAACCUGGCUCGGGCUGCCACCUCGGGCAAGGACUCCUCCACGCACAAGGAACGGGUCCUUGAGGAAUCCUUGGACCGCCUACGGGGAGACACUCGUUAUUUUGUCAGCUGGAUAACCCGGUCUCCUUUAAGCAAGCGGUGGCCAAAGCUCAAAGAUGGAGCAGUCUUUAAGCGAGACCACAGCUGA